AUGCCAAACACUUCACCGACUCGUUGGCAAAUGUUUUGUUCAGCAUGGAAAAACUAGAAAGCAAAGCACUAGCUUGGCCCACUUGCAAGGGCACCUCCAGAAGGAAGCAGGACCUCAGAAGCAAGCAGGACUGCUCCUUUCCGGAAGUUCCCUUAGCCAAGACUCCAUCCAGCCUCCAUCCGUUUCCUCAGAGACAGCCAGGCGGUUGGUGGGCGAACAGCAGAGAAGCUCAUAGAAAAAACACAUUUUAUCAACUUCUUCGAGAAAACCAAGAUCCGGAAUCGUUGCGGAAGGUGCCACAGAUGACGGUCUAUUAUCCCAUGGGAAAUCGUGUGGAUAUCAGCAAUAUGAACUAUACGAGAAGGUUACCCAAUGACGGCAAAGCUACAAAAAAUUCACAUCUGGCAGUGAAUCACAUCCACAAAAUCGAAAGGCUACCAAAGCCUCCUAGUCCUUUAUUGGCAUCAAAUGUACCGACAAUUUCCAACUCACUAGAAUUUGUACUCAGUUCCUCGUCGAAUAUGUUUGAACCGAUUCGUAAAUUAACUCAACAUAAAAAGGCCACAGGAAAACCAAAAAGGAAGCUACGCAAACAAAUUAAACGAAGUAAAGCAUCGAACCUUUUGAAGGAGCAAGCAAGGCAGUGGGACACGAUUAGUCUUGCCCGCUCAAAGAAAUCGCAAAAGUCUGAAACAGCCUCUAUUGCCCCCUCAAUGCUCGAAGAAAUUGUAAUCGCUGAAAUUCAGUCAAUGCAUCCGAUAAGAAGCGGUUUGAUAGUCAAGCCCUACAAACAAAGACUCGAUGACAUUCAAAAUGAUCAAGGGGAGUAUCGAAAAAGCACCAUCAAAGACAACAAAAGUCGUAUAGAGGUGCAUAAUAAAAGGGAAGAAACUCCCACACCGUCCUAUGAAGAGCAGCUGAGUCAGCUUAAGGAAAUUCUUCAAGCAGACAAUUCCUUGCAAAUUUUCAACCAUGAUAUAGACAUUGAAAAUAUAGUGCCAGCCGAUGUACUUCAUUAUCCAUAUCCUAUGUUCGAUGAAGAUACUCCCAAAGUUGAGCCUACAGUGCAAACGAAACCAAACGGUGAAGUCAACUCGAAACGGAAGUUGGAUGGAAAGAAAAUAGAGCAACCUUCGGAGACGAAAGUUCCACAAAAGAACUCCGACUGUUGCAUUUGCCAGAGGUUGCAUCGGAGACAGACAAAGGAUGCGCCCUUCAUGGCGGAGAUGAUAAGGGAGCAAAAGCGGCAGGAGCUGCUGGCAUACCGCUCCAGAAUGUUGGCUGCCAAUUCCAGCACAAGUCGUGGCAAGUGGUGCAAGACACUGGAUAACUACGAUCAACUUGUUCAUCAAUUAGUUUCAUAGACUCACGCAAUGUGCUACACGGAAACACAAGUUCUCU